CGGCGGGCGGGAGGCGGCCGGGCCCCUCCCGCGCCUCAGGCUGGUGGGGCGAUGGCGGCGACGGUUUCCCGGCUCCCCCGCCCCGGACGCCGAUGGCGGUGCGUUCCGGCCCUCCCCCAACAGCGUCUCCCCCGCGGUCGCCGGAGCCGGUUUUCCUGCAAUGAGAUUUCAUUUUCUACAUUUAAAGGACAUCCUUUCUGAGCUGCUGUGAAUAAACUUGGAAUGAUACUGUAUAUUUUCAACUAAUGGAGAAUUAGUUGUACCUUGACUAAGGAUUGCUGCACUGGACGACUUCAGAAUAUUGCUCACAAUGUCAUCCAACAGGAGUCAGAAUCCCCAUGGACUGAAGCAGAUUGGCCUUGACCAGAUCUGGGACGACCUCAGAGCUGGAAUCCAGCAAGUGUAUACCAGACAAAGUAUGGCUAAGUCCAGAUACAUGGAACUCUAUACUCAUGUUUAUAACUACUGCACGAGCGUGCACCAGUCCAACCAAGCCCGGGGGGCUGGUGGCCCGCCUUCCAAGUCAAAAAAGGGGCAGACACCUGGAGGAGCUCAGUUUGUUGGCUUGGAAUUAUACAAACGACUUAAGGAAUUUUUGAAGAAUUACUUGACAAAUCUUCUUAAGGAUGGAGAAGAUUUGAUGGAUGAGAGUGUACUGAAAUUCUACACUCAACAAUGGGAAGAUUAUCGAUUUUCAAGCAAAGUGUUGAAUGGAAUUUGUGCCUACCUCAAUAGACAUUGGGUUCGCCGUGAAUGUGACGAAGGACGAAAAGGAAUAUAUGAAAUCUAUUCACUUGCAUUGGUGACUUGGAGAGAUUGUCUGUUCAGGCCAUUGAAUAAACAGGUAACAAAUGCUGUCUUAAAACUGAUUGAAAAGGAAAGAAAUGGUGAAACCAUCAAUACAAGACUGAUUAGUGGAGUUGUACAGUCUUAUGUGGAAUUGGGGCUGAAUGAAGAUGAUGCAUUUGCAAAGGGUCCUACGUUAACAGUGUAUAAAGAAUCCUUUGAAUCUCAAUUUUUGGCUGACACAGAAAGAUUUUAUACCAGAGAGAGUACUGAAUUCUUGCAACAGAACCCAGUUACCGAAUAUAUGAAAAAGGCAGAGGCGCGCCUGCUCGAGGAGCAGCGGAGAGUCCAGGUCUACCUUCACGAAAGCACCCAGGACGAGCUGGCGCGCAAGUGUGAGCAGGUCCUCAUCGAGAAGCACUUGGAAAUCUUCCACACGGAGUUUCAGAAUUUGCUGGAUGCUGACAAAAAUGAAGAUCUGGGGCGCAUGUAUAACCUUGUCUCCAGGAUCCAGGAUGGCCUAGGAGAACUGAAAAAACUGCUGGAGACACACAUCCACAAUCAGGGUCUUGCAGCAAUUGAGAAGUGUGGAGAAGCUGCUUUGAACGACCCCAAAAUGUAUGUACAGACAGUGCUAGAUGUUCAUAAAAAGUACAACGCCCUGGUGAUGUCAGCAUUCAACAACGACGCUGGCUUCGUGGCUGCGCUUGACAAGGCUUGUGGCCGCUUCAUAAACAACAAUGCAGUAACCAAAAUGGCUCAGUCAUCCAGUAAAUCCCCUGAGCUGCUGGCUCGAUACUGUGACUCCUUGUUGAAGAAAAGUUCCAAGAACCCAGAAGAGGCUGAGCUAGAAGACACGCUUAAUCAAGUGAUGGUUGUCUUCAAGUACAUCGAGGACAAAGAUGUGUUUCAGAAGUUCUACGCGAAGAUGCUGGCCAAGCGACUGGUGCAUCAGAACAGUGCAAGUGACGACGCUGAAGCAAGCAUGAUCUCCAAGUUAAAGCAAGCUUGUGGCUUUGAGUACACCUCUAAGCUCCAGCGGAUGUUUCAGGACAUCGGUGUCAGCAAGGAUCUGAACGAGCAGUUCAAGAAACACCUGACGAAUUCGGAGCCACUAGACCUGGACUUCAGCAUCCAGGUGCUGAGCUCGGGGUCCUGGCCCUUCCAGCAGUCCUGCACGUUCGCCUUGCCCUCGGAGCUGGAGCGGAGCUACCAGCGCUUCACGGCCUUCUACGCCAGCCGGCACAGCGGCCGGAAGCUGACGUGGCUGUAUCAGCUGUCUAAAGGAGAACUGGUCACCAACUGCUUCAAGAACAGGUACACCUUGCAGGCAUCCACGUUCCAGAUGGCGAUCCUGCUGCAGUACAACACGGAAGACGCCUACACGGUCCAACAGCUGACUGACAGCACUCAGAUUAAAAUGGACAUUUUGGCCCAAGUCCUCCAGAUUUUAUUGAAGUCAAAGUUACUGGUCUUGGAAGAUGAAAAUGCGAACGUCGAUGAAGUGGAAUUGAAGCCGGACACCUUAAUAAAAUUGUAUCUUGGCUAUAAAAACAAGAAGUUAAGGGUGAACAUCAACGUGCCCAUGAAGACGGAGCAGAAGCAGGAGCAGGAGACCACGCACAAGAACAUUGAGGAGGACCGCAAACUGCUGAUCCAGGCGGCCAUUGUGCGAAUCAUGAAGAUGAGGAAGGUGCUGAAGCACCAGCAGCUGCUCGGCGAGGUCCUCACUCAGCUGUCGUCCAGGUUCAAGCCGCGGGUCCCGGUGAUCAAGAAAUGCAUUGACAUUCUGAUUGAGAAGGAGUAUUUGGAGCGCGUGGACGGCGAGAAGGACACCUACAGUUACCUGGCCUAGCCCUGCUCCGGGUGCGCCGCGGCCCGCCGGCGGCUCGGACGCACAGGAAAGCGACUCGGUCAUAGCAGCCAGCCUGCGCCGUUUGGACCUCCCUUUUUAAAACCGAGACCAGAACUCCCACCGGUGGUCUCAGUACAUCAGAACUGCUCAGGAUCGACACAUUUCAAGUCUGUAAAUAAGGACACCGAUGCCAUUUAACCUAAUUUAAGAACAGAGGGGACUGAACCUCCCACGCUGAGGGCUGCAUGCUACUGCAUUUAAGUCAAUACUUGGCUACCUGGUUCCAGCUGCCGCGGGGCAGCGCUUACGGAGAGCGAGGCUGAGGGCCCACGUGUCAUCUGCUAUGAAGAUCCAUUUGUAUAGUGUGUUUCAUUUUCUAAUGUGUGAAAUAAAGAAAAGUAAAGGAUUUCUGUACAAGUCGCAUUUGGUUUUGUUUUAAGUUUUACUAAUUUCUAUAUGUAAAUAAAAAGAUAUAAUGAUUGUGCAAA